CCGAUAGUGGAGCUGGUUUUGUUCUCCAUGCUAUACGUUAAAAGGUGUGCAGGCUACUUGUAGUUCAUUUGUUUUACAUUAUUUCCCUACCCUAGAAAUGGACGUAAGCUGUGCCGGACCUGCCAGUUAAGCGUGUUAAUUGGUGUUAAAAUGAAUUGUUAUCCACUCUGCAGAAAAACUAUUAAGUGCAAAUGUUUUUUUCUCAGCCUCAAGUUGAAUGUCUGAUACCGGGAUCCGUCAUGGUAAUGUUUCUUCCAAUAGGCGCUCUUAGCUUCUUCGCCUUAGCGCGCACCCUACAGUGUCAACAUUGUGACUCUUAGCUUCCGGAGAAAUGGAUUUCAAACAACAGGUUAGUGAGGUUGUGUCCACCGCCCAGUUUGGAGAUUUAAUAGAAUUUUCCUACCCCAUUGGAUACUCACAUUGGGGUAUAUAUGAUGAAGAUGGAUACAUUAUACAUUUUGCUGUAGCAGAUGAGGGAGAGCUGAAGAAAAGGCUCCGCCAGUCAUUGCAGACCGUGUUCCCUGUGUGCGGUGACCUCCUGCUUGGAGAGACACAGAUACGGCGACAGCUCCUGUCAGAGGUCAACGUGCCCACCGGUGCACAGGUCAUAAUCAGCAACAACCGACAUGCACGGACCGCGUCCCCAAUAGCAGAAAUGCGGCAGAGGCGAGAUGCCUUGCUGCACAAAGAGCUCAACUACAAUUUGUUCACGCUGAACUGCGAGCACUUUGCUACCUUCAUUCGAUAUGGACAGGCUGUGUGCAACCAGAUACCAGGAAAAUCGAAAAACAUAGAAUGUGAAAGUGCAACUAAGGUUUUCCAAGACAUUGUUCGUGAAGUUUGGCCCUAACAGAAAAUUUUGAUUCCUGGUAAUUCAAACUUUAUUUUGAGUAUUUUGUUGAAUCUGGUAGUAGGUAAUGUGUUUACACAUAAAAUUCAAAUCUACGAGGUAGCAUGGUGGUGCAGUGAUUAGCACUGUUGCCUCACACCUCUGGGACCUGGGUUCAAGUCUCUGCCUGGCUUACGUGUGUGGAAUUUGCAUGUUCUCCCCAUGUCAUCGUGGGGUUUCCUCCGGGUACUCCGGUUUCCCCCCACAGACCAAAAAUAUGCUGAGGCUAAUUGGAGUUAAUAAAUUGCCCGUAGGAGUGCAUGUGUGAAUGAAUGGUGUGUGAGUGUGCCCUGCGAUGGGCUGGCCCCCCAUCCUGGGUUGUUCCCUGCCUCGUGCCCAUUGCUUCAGGGAUAGGCUCCAGACCCCCCGCGACCCAGUAGGAUAAGCAGUUUAGAAAAGGGAUGGAUGGAUGGAAUCAAAUCUACCAUAGCUAUAACAUAAUAGAGGGUAAAUUAUAAUGUGUAUUUAUAUGAAUAAACACUGGACAAUUCCUGGCUUUCAGAAGUUUAUACAGAGUUAGUUCAGACUUUUGCUACUAUGCUGAUUACAUAGGUAGCAUCUCCGGACUUUGUCAGGGACCCUAAGUAUGCAACAAAUGCAGAUCUCUUAUUUAAAACACUGACACGGAAUUACUUUAAGAUAAAACUCUUAGCAAUUUACUAUUACAUGUAAUACCUUCCAGCUAGGUGGCUGAAACCCUCAAAAGUGAAAAAGUAAUCUAGUCACAUCAGUUCUAUCAAUUCAUAUUGCUGUUAGGAUUACAAUUGAGGAAAAAAAAUUGUUGUACUUGAUUAUACGUCAUGUCAAAAUAAUAAGCUUUUUACUUUCCAUGUUCUCAUAUGUUAUGCUGUGUAAUGCAGUUAAUGUCAUUCAGUUGUCACUUUUAUUCCUCCUAUAAUUAAAAAAAUGGCAGUGACACUCCUGAUUUUUGAGCCCACUGUAUCAUGCAUGUGCGGCUAUAGACCACAGCUGUUUCACUAGAUUUGUUUGUUUUCGAGAAAAUAUUCUACACGUUGUACUUAAAUUUCAUGGGGGCCAAUAAUGGUGACCAGGACUGUAUACAUCUUCUAGCCAUUUACCCUGGUCAGGAUCAUGGUGGCGGUGGAGGGGAUUAAGAGCAUAUGCUAUGCACCCUGAAUGGUUUGUCGGCUCAUAACAGGGCACACACAUUCAAUAACUAUAGGCAGUACAGAGAUGAUAAUUAGUCCAAAUGUCCAUAUAUACCUGUUAUUUUGAGAGACAUUUUACCAGAAAUGUACAUUAUUUGUCCUGGAUUUUAACAGUGAAUAAAACUUGUAUAAAACAUUUUUUUUUCUAAAACUGACUAGAUGGUUCAUUUCUGUGAGUGUUUCUACUGUAUAAAGGAAUUUUUCAUUCAGUAUGUUCUCAUGUUUUUUUUGUUAAUUUUGAUGGUGAUUGGUUAAAAAAGAAAAACAAAAAAAUGCCAAUUUAUCCAACAGAAAUAUUAAUAAUAUAAUCACCCACUGGAUAUGGUUUGAUGUCAAUAUGUUGAGAAAUGAAGGAUUCAUUCAAAUAAUUGUAUUUCAUAAUCACCAAUAACUGUCCUGAAAUCCUCUUCUAUUCAAGAUAUGCAGAAUUGCUAUUGUUGAAGGCAAAUGGUGUGAAAGAUUAAAGGGGAGCUGACAAAUGUAA